AUUUUUGCAGAGUUGCCAUAAUUGGAAGGUGAAGGAAGAAGAAGUGAAGGAGGAAGGAAUAUGGAGGAGACGGUCAUGGAUUAGAUUCUGUGUUUUCGGUCUAACGAUUUACUAAAAAAUAAUCCCUUAAUUCUUUCAUUCUCAUCAAUCCUUAAUUCAUCAAAUGGAUACUCAAUUAGUUCGAGGAGAAUCAUCUACAUCUUCUCACUUCUCUUAUGAUGUAUUCCUCAGCUUUCGAGGCGAAGACACCCGAAAAACAUUCACUGGUCAUCUUUAUUCCAAAUUGUGUGAUGUUGGAAUUAAUACCUUUAUUGACGAUGAGGAAUUGAGAAAGGGUGACGUGAUUUCAAGUAAACUAGAGAAAGCAAUUGAAGGGUCAAGAAUUUCCAUUAUUGUUUUCUCAAGAAAUUAUGCUUCCUCUAGUUGGUGUCUAAAUGAACUAGUUAAAAUUCUUGAAUGCAAAGAGAAACUAAAGCAGAUGGUUUUGCCUAUUUUCUAUGAUGUUGAUCCGUCUGAGGUACGAAAGCAAACUGGGUUAUUUGGUGAAGCUUUGGCAAAACAUAAGGAACGACCAUUUGGAGCUCAAAGGGCGGAGAAAUGGAGAGCUGCACUUACUGAAGCUGCGAAUUUAUCUGGAUGGGAUUUGCAAAAUGUUGCUGACGGGCAUGAAUCAAAGUUUAUUGAAAAAAUUAUACAGCAAGUCCUACAAGAGGUUAACCAGACACCUCUAGAUGUUGCUUGGCACCCAGUUGGAGUAGAUUCUCGUGUCAAAGAUAUAGAGUUGUUAUUACAAAAUGAAUGUGAAGAUGGAGUUCGCAUGAUUGGUAUUCACGGAGUUGGAGGCAUAGGGAAAACAACUCUAGCAAAAGCUAUCUACAAUCAAAUGUUUCGACUCUUCGACAGUAGUUGCUUCCUUUCGGAUGUUAGAUCAGAAGCUGAAGAAUUUGGUCUUGUCAAGCUACAAGAGAAACUUCUUCAACAAGUACUCAAAAAUAAGGACAUCAAAGUUGGCAAUGUCGCUCAAGGCAUCAAUUUAAUCAAAGCAAGACUCGAGUCAAAGAAGGUUCUAAUUAUUCUUGAUGACGUGGACCACAGAAACCAAUUAGAAUCCUUAACAAGAGAAAGAAGUUGGUUUGGUUCGGGUAGUUUAAUAAUCACUACCACCCGAGACAAGCGAUUGCUAUGUCGGUUUGGAGAAAAAGAGCGAUAUGAGGCCAAACUAUUAAAUGACGAUGAAGCUAUGUUACUUUUUUGUUGGCAUGCUUUUGAUAGUCAUUUUCCACCAGAAGAUUAUGUUAAUUUGGCACGAGACAUAAUCAGAUAUUCAGGUAGGCUACCAUUAGCUCUUGUGACAUUGGGGUCACAUUUACAAGGAAGUUCUAUAGAAGAAUGGGGAUAUGAAUUCAAAAAACUAAAAUCAAUUCCUCAUUGUGAUAUCCAAAAGAUUCUCAAGAUAAGCUUUGAUGGACUUGAUGAUGAAACACAAACUGUUUUCCUCGAUAUUGCAUGCGCCUUCCAUGGGUUUUAUGAGCAAGAAGUUACUGAAAUGGUAAAUGCAUGUGGCUUUCAUGCUAAAAGUGCAAUUGCAACUUUAGUCCAAAAACACUUACUCCAAAGAUCUUGGAAUAUUUUGGGGAUGCACGAUUUAGUGCGAGAUAUGGGAAGAGAAGUCGUUCGCAUGGAAUCAGCUCGAGACCCUGGAAAACGGAGUAGAUUAUUCAUCCCUCAAGAAGUCCGUGAUGUUCUACAAGGAAAUAAAGGUUCCAAAAAGGUAGAAGUACUGAAGGUAGAUCAACUAGCAUUUGAGGGACUGCACUUGAGCACCAAAGCAUUUAAGAAAAUGAAAAACCUUAGGGUUCUUAUGAUGGAUGAGUUACAUAUUAGUGGAGAUUUUGAGCUGUUAUCCAAGGAGCUCAGAUGGUUGUCUUGGAAAAGAUGUCCUUUAAAAUGUAUACCAUCAAAUUUUCCGGCUGUGAAUCUUGUAGUUCUAGAUAUGCGGGGGAGUGAUAUCCAAGAAUUUCAAUUGAAUUUGCAGUGUUGUAGAAGUUUGAAGAAACUGGAUCUCUCUCAUUGCAAGCAACUCAGAAGCACUCCAAACUUCAAUGGUUCGAUGAGUCUUGAGGCUUUGUAUCUCUAUGGAUGUUCAGGUCUGACGGAGAUCCAUCCAUCAAUAGGAAAUUUGUCCAGACUAAUUGAACUAUAUAUAUCUGGUUGCGAAAAACUUACGGAUCUUCCAAGCAGCAUAUGCCAGCUAAUAUCCGUUAAUUACUUGAGCAUUACUGACUGCUCAUCAAUAAAAACACUGCCAGAUAACCUUGGAGAUAUGAAAAGUCUAAGAUUUCUUUCUGCAGUUGAUACGGGUAUAAAACAAUUGCCUAGAUCUGUUGAAAUGCUAAGAAAUCUUGAAUCAUUGGGAGUGGGAGGUCGAAAGUUAGAGGCCAAAAGGAGUAUUUCUGGAAGAGGAGUCCAUCAGAUACAAUAUUCCUUGUCAAAUUUUGUGACCAUAUUGAGGCUUGUAUACUGUAAUUUGUCCGAGGCUGAUAUUCCUAGGAAUAUUGGGAGCUUAUCCUCCUUAAAAUAUUUAGAUUUGAGUGGCAACAGUUUCUAUUGUCUACCCUUUGAUUUUUCUAAGUUACAAUUAUUGGAAGAGUUAUGUUUGAAUGACUGUCCGAAUCUUCAAACACUCCCAUCAAUAUCAAAUUUAGAGAAUCUUCGAUAUCUUGAACUUUAUAAUUGCCAAAAAUUGGUCAAGAUUACAGAGUUGGACAACCUCCCCUCUGUAGAGCGAUUUAAUAUGAUUAAUUGUAGUUCUCUGCAGAAUCCAUUCAAUGAAGGCUUCUUUAAUGCACCUGCUCGAGCAUUUCAAUCUAAACAACAACAAGAUCAGGUCAGACUCUCUCUCUCUCUCUCUCUCUCUCUCUCUCUCAUAUUAAUGAUCUUGAGUUUUUGUCCGAUGCAGCUUGAUGUAGAAAUUUUUCUCGAAUGCAAGGAGAUUCCAGAAUGGUGCAGGAAUCAAGUAACAGCUUCAUCUAUGUGUUUGACUAUUCCGACACAUAAUAAUGAUGAGUAUAACUUCUUAGGAAUGGUUCUCUGGUUUGUUAUCGACUCUUUGGAUGCAGCCCCUUAUCCAUGCCACAGGAUUAGUAUUGCCCAUAAAGAGACUGUAAUUGUUCCGUGGAAAUAUAGCUUACAUGAGGCUUUUGAUGGACAUAGAGAUAUUGCUUACAUAAGGCUUUUGAUGGCCUUAAAUGAACGUUUUGAUGGCGAGAUGAUUAAAGGUGGGGAAAGGAUAGAAGCAUGGUCCGAAGAAGUUACAGUAAAGAAGAUAGGGAUCCAUCUGUUAUAUUUAGACCAACAUGGUAAUGUUAUAUCUUUACCUGGAGACGUUAUACAAUAAGGAAACUGAGGAUUUAUCUGUUGACAGAAAUAUGAGGAUUUUACUUGCAUAGAGUUUCGAUUUUUGUUCUUCCGACAGAAAUCGAAAAUAUUUAUAUUUGAGAGAUCACUGCUUGAUAAACUGAUAGAAACUAUGUUUGUUGAAAUAAAAUAUUAAAUACCUUAGUGGUAUGGAAA